AUCUCACUCCCCGUUCACAGACAGAAAAAGAGUUCGAACCCGAGUUUUGGGCGGAGCUUAUAACAGACCGACCAUUUGAAGUAAAUGCCACAUAUUACGAAGAAAUUGAAUCGAUUUGUGAUCAUCUAUUUGGACCUCUUGAUGAGAAAUUAAGGAGCAAG